AUGUUUCUUAAUCUACUUGGGCGGAACCUAUUCAAAGUACACGCUCGAUCUCACAAGGUUCUCGACCAUAUCAUUGCUUUGAAAAAGAAGGUCGCUGCCUCUUCAACUGAUGAGGAAAAGGAGUUUUGGGUGACAUUGGACGCAACGGUUCUUGGGUGGAUUUAUUCUACAAUUUAUAAGGACAUGUUAAACACCAUUAUUGAACCUGAUUCCACGGAUUUUCCUAACGCUUUGGCGUAUUGUCAACGACUUAAAACUCUCUCCGAUCAAUUGAAGAAUAUAGGGGCUCCGGUGGAAAACAAUCAGCUUGUUCUUCAAUUGGUUUCAGGUCUAACCGAACCAUACAAGGGUGUGGCUACUUUGAUUCGGCAGAGUAAUCCCUUACCACAGUUUUACCAAGCCCGUUCCAUGCUCACUUUGGAAGAAGCCAGUUUGGCGAAGAAGGCUGCAUCGGCAACGACUUUGGUGGCAGGGUCAUUGCGUGAAUCUAAUUCGGGGAGUGAAGCAGGGCCUUCUCGCAACAAGCAGAAAAAUCAGGAAAAAAAAACGGUGGCCGAAAGCAGUUUGCUGGUGGCGGUACAGGUGGUCGCGGUUUAG